AUGUUAUUUGCAAGACAAAAACUCAGCUUGCUAAACAGCACGCCUGUGUAUCUCAGUCGAACGGGUUUUAAGUACAGAGCCGUCACCCUGAAGUUCCUAGCCGUCCUCCUCGCCGCGGGAAUGCUGGCGUUUCUCGGGGCAAUCGUCUGCAUUAUCGUCAGCGUUCAGCCGGGCGCCAGCGGGGCCCCGCAACAGCUUGCCACCGACAACGACUCUCUCUCCUCUGAGGCGGCGAGGCAGCCUCUCUCGCCGGGGGCUGCGCACGGCGGAGCGGCGGCUGAAGCGGGGCCACUGGGAGCUCUCCAUGGUCCUGAAGACGGCGGUGGGGACCGCGGUCUGGGGCUGGCGUUGGAAUCGUCGACUUUCACCGGACUGAGCGGCGGGCAGACUCAACAGUUUACGUUCAGCCGAAUGAUCUGCACUCCCAUCCCGGCCGACAAGUGCAAACCCAACGCGAAAUCGAAUGAGCAGCAAGCCGACGACCCGUUUCUUUACGCCGGAGAGGACCAGGGUUACCUGCGCUCUGCUGCCGACCAGCUGAGGCAGACCAUGAUGCUGCAAAAGGAUCAGAUUUUAAGAGACCAGGAGACCAUAAGCGAGCUGACCGGGAAGCUAGGAGAGUGCGAGACCGGGCUGGAGGAGCGGAGUGUUGGUGGGAAGGGAGCGGUUCUGUGGGGUCCCCGGAGGGACACCGCCCGCAUGGCCGGCGAUCAGGCACCCCAGUCGGGGUCACAGUCACACACAGCACGGGCUGUGGAAGAGCUGGAACACGCCAUUCACAACCUGAAAGAACGGAUCGAGAAACUGGAGACAGAUCUAGGGAACAGCACCCCUGCCUCUGGCACCCCCUGGGUACAGGGAGACUCUCUGCAGUGGAAGGUAGAGGACCUCGAAGACCAGCUGCAGCUGAAGAUGAGCCAGCUGGAGAAACAGAGGUCCACAGUGCUGAAGGAGACAGAGCGCAACAGACAUGAGAUCGACCAGGGAAUGAACUCUCUGCACCAAAGAGUCACAGAGCUAGAGCAAGGUCUCUCAGAAUACAAUCUCCCAGAAGGGUACAAGCUCUCUUUCCCAGUCCGCACUGACUACAUGUACGCGCGGGUUCGACGCAGCAUUCCGGAGCUCCACUCCUUCUCAGCGUGCCUGUGGGUGUCCUCACACUCCUCCUCGGGGAUUGGGACCCCCUUCUCCUACUCCGUCCCAGGACAGGCCAAUGAGAUCGUGCUGCUGCAGGGCGUCCAUAACCCAGUGGAGCUGCUCAUUAACGACAAGGUGGCCCAGCUCCCUCUCCAGCUGACCAAAUCCCGCUGGCACCACGUGUGCGUCACCUGGACACUGCGGGACGGGGAGUGGCAUGCCUACCAGGACGGGGAGUUGAGGGGGCGCGGAGACAACCUGGCAGCCUGGCACCCCAUCAGAGCAGGGGGGGUCCUGAUCCUGGGGCAGGAGCAGGACACACUGGGAGGGCGGUUCGAUGCCACGCAGGCUCUGGUGGGGGAGUUGGCCCAGUUUAACCUGUGGGAUCGGGUCCUGACCCCCUCGGAAGUCCGCAGCUUGGCCGAGUGCCAAGAGACAAGCGCUGGCAACGUGGUGCCCUGGGACGACCGGCACAUCGACGUCUUUGGAGGGGCCGCCAAGCGGCCAUUCGAAUCGUGCCAGGAGCGACGAGGAAACUGAGACACACAGGAAACACACACACACACACACACACACACACACACACACACACACACACAAACACAAGCACAGUUUUUAUCCAUCAUUACAAAAUCAGCUAUUGGGAAUCACUAAGUGAUACAGCAGGGUGACCUUGACUGCUUUAAGCAGUUUGAAGUGAAAAUGAACGAACACAUUUUUAAACUAGUGCUCACGCACACAGAGGAUUCCUAUAGUCGAGCAUUUUCUGAUCUCAAAGAACAACUAUGAACAUACAGAGUUAGUAGUUCUUGGAGAUAGGAUUGCCCUAAUCCAUGAAGGGUCUUAUAAGUUAUUACAGCAACUUUAAAAUCAAUUCAGUAGCUCACUGGUAACCAAUGUAAGGAGUAAUGUGUUGAGGAUGACGAGUAUGAGAAAGCAAUCUGGCAGCUGCUUUCUGAACAAGCCUUCUGAGUUUAGUGGCAGAUAUACCAACGAACAAAGAACUGCAAUAUUCAAGAUGAGAAGUUAUAAAUGCAUGAACCAACAUCUCUGAAUCCCUCACAUCCAAUGCAGAUUUUAAUUUGGCAAAAUCUCUCAAAUGAUAAAAAGCAAUUCUGAUAACAGAAUUAAUGUAGAAAUGAAAAGGAAGCUCAGGGUCCAGAGUAACACCCAGGUUCUUCGCUCUAGUGGAAGGUAAAAUGGAUUUGCCAUCAAAAUUAAUACUGAUUGGAUUACAUUCCGUCAAAACCCCUUUGAGAACCAAUUCACAAAACCUCGUCUGGGUUUAUUUUCAACCAGUCCGUAGCCCUCCAUGAUCGGAUCUCAGUUAAACACUCUGUAAGUGUAUUUAUUGCCAUAUCUGCCUGCGUAGGAAAUGAUGCACACAUUUCUGUGUCAUCAGCAUAAAAAUGAGUCAAGAUUGUAUUUUCUAAUAUUGUCCCCAAGAGGUAACACAUAUACACUGAACAGCAAAGGGACCAAAACAGAGCCCUGAGGAAUGCCAAACUGUACCGUACCUAUUUCAGAGUUGCAGUUGCCCAGUGAGAUAAACUGGUAAUGAUGAGAUUGCUAGGAAACAAACCAAUCUAGAACUUUCCCAGAAUGAUUAAUACAAGACUGCGGGCAAUUUAACAGAAUCUCAUGAUCAAUGCUGCUCAAAUGCUGCAGAGCGAUCUAACAAAACAAGAUUUGAAAGUAUUCCGGAGUCUGCAUGCAUAUCAAGAUCAUUGCAAACCCUUAAUAAAGCAGUCUUAAUACUGGGACCAGAACGAAAACCAGAUUGAAAUUUUUCCAUCAAACCAAUACUGCUGAGGCGGUCAUGAAGUUGAACAACUUUUUCAAUUACUAUUGCCAUCGAUGUCAUGUUGAAAAUAGGACGGUAGUUUCCUAACACCACAGAGGAGAGAUCUUGUUUCUUAAGAAGAGGUCUCACCUGCAUAGGAAUUCACUAUGUUAGUUAAGACAGGACCAAGGACUGAGAGACACUUGAGCCAAGGGUCUAAACCACGUGAAGUAGAAUGGAGCUUCGAGACUACCUUCAAUAUCGCCAUUAGAAACCGUUUUGAAAGUAAUCAGUAAUUGUCCAGAUUUAAAAUAGCCUGUAGCAGAUGUAAAGUGGGAGGGGAGACAAAUCAGCCGGUAAUAACCGUGCUCAAAUUGUCAAUGAAAAGCACAGUAAUGUGUUACACUGAGUAGUGGUGUUUACAUUUUGCAUAGUGACCAAUUUUGGAUUUAGAACUUUAUCAAUUGUACUGAACAGAGUAGCAGGACUGUUUUUAUCAUUAGAAAAGUAGGCUGCUUUGGCUUUAUUCAAAGAAUCCUUGCAUUGCUUUACAUGACAUUUCCAAACCUCUAGGUCAAAACUGAUCUAGCAAGGAAGGCAUUGCUUUCUGGUCAGUUAGACCGGAGACUGGAUAAUGAUUUAACUGGGAGACAGCCUUUACGAAACUACAAAGUACCACUGCUGUUUUUCUACAGUUUUCCAACACCUAGAAUUUUAGGAUUGAGAUAUAU